CAAGGAACACAGCGAGCGGUGCAGAACACAGUUUCGAGAGCUUUGGUGUCGUGGCAAAUCAUCUUUCUCAGAUAGAGAGAGAGAGAGAGAGAGAGAGAGAGGCGCAUCUGCGAAUCAAAUAUCGAUCGCGGCUGAAAUUUCUACGGUAGCAGCAGCUGCUUAAAUGGCAUCAGCCCUCGUCGCAAGGACCUUUCUUACUCAUCGCCUCACUCCCUCCUCACUCCCUCCCGCUUUCAAGGCUCCGGUUUGCGCCUCCCUUUUCACCAAGAGAACUUAUUCCGCGUCACGUGGCUCGAGGUUUGCAGCUCAACGAUCUUGUCGAACUUUUCAUCCUAUGGCUUCUGCAGUUUUCCAAACGAGAGCGAACUAUACUGCACAAUCCGUGUCUACAAGUGAACCUGUUGUUUCAGUUGAUUGGCUCCAUGCAAAUCUCAGAGAGCCGAACAUGAAGGUGUUGGAUGCAUCAUGGUAUAUGCCAGAUGAGCAACGGAAUCCAAUUCAGGAGUACCAGGUUGCUCACAUUCCUGGAGCUCUUUUCUUUGACGUGGAUGGAAUAUCAGAUCGAACUACAAAUCUGCCACACAUGCUGCCCUCAGAGCAAGCUUUUGCUGCUGCUGUCUCUUCUCUUGGAAUUCAAAACAAGGAUGGGGUGGUUGUCUACGAUGGAAAAGGGAUUUUUAGUGCAGCUCGUGUCUGGUGGAUGUUCCGAGUGUUUGGGCAUGAUAGAGUCUGGGUGUUGGAUGGAGGUCUACCAAGAUGGCGAGCUUCAGGUUACGAUGUUGAAUCAAGUGCUUCGAGUGAUGCUAUUUUAAAAGCAAGUGCUGCCAGCGAGGCAAUAGAGAAAGUGUAUCAGGGACAGGCAGUUGGGCCAAUCACAUUUGAGACCAAAUUUCAGCCACAUCUUGUCUGGACACUUGAUCAGGUGAAAGGAAACAUUGAGGAGAAGAGUCACCAACACAUUGAUGCCAGAUCAAAGGCCAGAUUUGAAGGUUCUGUGCCAGAGCCUCGAAAGGGAAUUCGGAGCGGCCAUGUACCUGGAAGCAAAUGUGUUCCUUUUGCACAGAUGUUGGAUUCUUCGCAGACAUUGUUGCCGCCUGACGAGCUUAAGAAGAGAUUUGAUGAAGAAGGUAUCUCUUUGGAAAGUCCCGUCGUAACUUCCUGCGGUACUGGCGUUACAGCUUGCAUUCUUGCAUUGGGACUCCAUCGUCUUGGGAAGCAUGACGUUGCUGUUUAUGAUGGAUCAUGGACCGAAUGGGGCGCCGAAUCUGACACUCCUGUCAACAAAUCAUAAGAAAAAAGACCACUUCCAAGCGAUACAUGCUACAGAAUCUCUCAGUAUGAGGUCUACAUUUUGGCUGCUUGAUUGUGACAAGAGAGAUUGUACCAAGUAAAAUGUGGUUUUAUGUUUCCCUUUGUCAAUUGCAAUUUGUCUUUAACAGGGGCAAUUGUGUACGUGAAUAAAGGAAAUUAGUGCAAA